GUGUCAACAUGAGCUGCUUGAGAAUCUCACUUACACAGAAAUUCGUGAAAUUUAUGCACAAACCGAGAAUCCUUCGUGCACCCUGUUGGAUGAUAUUGUGAAUGGCACACCGAUUGCAGCAGAUUUUGGUGAAUGCGAGGAUUGGAUAUUUAAAUAUGAAAGUGGCUAUCAAAGUGUCACAACGGAUCUUAAAUGGAUUUGCGACGAUGCUGUCAAGGGCGCAAUCGGUCAGUCAUUCCUCUACGUGGGCUCUGUAUUGGGCACAAUAUUAUUUGGUUUCCUCGCAGAUAAAAUCGGACGACUGCCAUCGAUGAUGCUGAGCACGCUCACCGGCGCUGCUGGCGAUUUUAUCACCUCAUUUGUGACGACGCCACAUGCCUUUGCGGCGAGUCGUUUCAUUUCAGGCAUGAGCAUCGAUACAUUGUUCUAUCUCAGUUACAUCAUGGUCUUCGAGUACCUUGAUCCCAAGAAGCGUACAUUCGGCUUGAAUAUAAUAAUGGCAAUUUUCUAUUGCUUCGGUCUGGUUAUGUCUCCCUGGUAUGCCAUAUGGGUGGGCAGUUGGCGCAAGUACCUGCUGAUUGCUUCAUUGCCAGCGCUAUUGGUACUCUUCUAUCCACUUUUUAUAGUCGAAAGCGCACAGUGGCUGGCAACCAAAGGGGAUUACAAAGGUGCUGUGCGCUGUCUCAAGCGAGUGGCUAAAUUCAACAAGAAGCAA